AUAGAAUGUAUCAGAGCCCGUAAGGACUUUGGCUAGCUAGUUAAGCACCACAAUUAGCCUAGCCAAAGAAGUUGCUUUGGGCCAUAGAACAAAUGGGUGGGCCUUCUCCACCCCUUUACCCAGCUGCUAGGAAGCAGACUAGCCAGAGUUGUGGGUGAGUAAGCUGGAAGCAGGCAGGAAUACAAAUACAUGUUUUGCACUGCACUGUGCUGGAGUUUAGGGCUCCCCUGAAAACCAAAAGGGAAGAAAGAUCUGUUGGGGUGUUAAUGCUGUGAGCCCCUACAUCCUAUGCUCAGGUUGUAUUCUUGUGUAAAUUAAACUAAUAUGUCCUAAAGACACCACAUUGUCCACUGACCUACAGUCUAAGGAAACCGAACCUUCAAGAGCACUUAGGGGCCCCUGGAGUUUCUCCCUGCUCAGACAUAGCAACGGUAGAAUCAGAAUAAUCUUUAUUUGCAUCAGCCACUAGCCAUAACAAUAAAAUAAAACACAAGGUGCUGCAGAUAGAGGUGAAAGCUUAACUAUACAAAAUACAUUCUGGAGCUUUAUAACCAAUGAGCAAAUACUGUAACAGAUCUUGAGAUGGAAAUGACAGAGUUAAACAUCAGUUUCCCGUUGCCGUUGGAGCACUCCACCCAUUUGCUUGUAUCGUGGUUACUUUCAUUUCCCUGUGCAGUUGCAUGCUAGCCAACAGCCUCGUGUUCUGAGCCUCUAAAGCUGGAUUAAGAGGCGCAAGCAGAGAUGAUGAUGAAUUGUUGGCUUCUGCUGGCAUUGCAAGUACUGCAUGGGGUGGCAGGUACCAUGGUAAAACUCAACAACGGUGGGUUUGAAGACCUUGUCAUUGCCAUCAAUCCUGGGAUACCUGAAGACGGCAACAUUGUUGACCGCAUAAAGGACAUGGUCAAAGAGGCAUCAACGUAUCUCUUCAGUGCUACGCAACAAAGAUUUUACUUCAAGACUGUAAAAAUUGUCAUUCCUUCAACAUGGAAAGAGAAAGCAGAGUAUCAGAGAGUAACUACAGAAACUUAUGACAAGGCCGAUGUCAUAGUGGCAGAUUCUUUCCCCAAAUAUGGAGAUGAUCCCUACACCUUGCAGUAUGGCGGAUGUGGGGAACCAGGGAGAUACAUUCAUUUUACUCCUAACUUCUUGACCAACGACAAUUUGCUUAAUGCUUAUGGUCCUCGAGGUAGGGUCUUUGUCCAUGAGUGGGCUCAUCUCCGAUGGGGUGUCUUUGAUGAAUACAACAAUGAUGCACCUUUCUAUGCUACUGGGGGAGACAACUUGCCUGAAGCCACAAGGUGCUCGACGGAUUUCACCGGUAAAUACGUAUUCCCACUUGGUGGCAAUCAAUACAGACGUUGCAAAAUUGAUCCCCAAACUCAGCUGUUUGAACACGGAUGCGCAUUUUUCCCAAACAGGCGACAAGAUACUGCAGCUUCUAUAAUGUAUUUGCAAAGUCUCCCUUCAGUUACUCAGUUCUGUAACAAAAGCAACCAUAAUAUUAAAGCAACAAAUUUGCAGAAUAAAAUGUGCAACUACAGGAGCAGCUGGGAAGUAAUUAUGGCCUCUCCUGACUUUGCCAGUUCAUCUCCAAUUACAGUUCCCCCACCUGACCCCACUAUCUCCCUGCUGAAAAAACAUGAGAGAGUUUUGUGUCUAGUGCUUGAUGUUUCCGGGAGCAUGGAUGCGAGCAAUCGCAUUGGUCGGCAGAAACAAGCUGCAGAAAUAUUCAUCCUGCAGAUUAUUGAAGCGGGAUCCUGGGUUGGGAUAGUCACGUUCAGCAGCGGAGCAUCAAUUCUGACUGGCUUGAAACAGAUCAGCAGCAAUAGCGUGCGGCAAACACUUGCAGACUAUCUUCCUACCUCAGCUGGUGGAGGAACCAACAUAUGUUCCGGAGUGCGGUCAGGAUUUCAGGUCUUUUUACAAAAGUAUUCAACUACAAAAGGCUGUGAAAUUGUGCUCUUGACAGAUGGGGAAGAUAAUGCUAUAACCUCUUGUUUCGAGGAAGUUCAAAAUAGUGGGUCUAUAAUUCACACCAUUGCUUUGGGAGAAAGUGCUGCAGAAGAACUAGAAAGAUUGGCAGAGCUGACGGGAGGUUCAAAAUUUUCUGCCACUGACAAUUUGGAUUCCAAUGGCCUCAUCAAUGCUUUCAGUGGAAUUUCUUCAGGAAGUGGAGAUAUCAGUCAACAAUCUAUUCAGCUUGAAAGUAGAGGGCAAAGCGUCAAUUCCAAAGACCAGCUGAAUGGUAUUGUAACCAUUGAUAAAACAGUAGGAAAUGACACUUUCUUCGUGGUGACGUGGGGCGUGUCCCCACCGGGAAUUCUGCUGACAGAUCCCAAAGGAAGAGAGUACACUGACAAAGACUUUGCAAUUGAUAGCACCAAUGUCCAAACAGCUCGCCUCAAGAUUGAUGGAACCGCAGAGAGAGGGGAUUGGAUUUAUUCAAUUCAGAAUACAUAUUCAAAGGCUCAGGUCCUAUCGAUAACAGUCACAACUAGAGCAGCGUCUGUCAAUGUGGCCCCGGUGAUUGUGAAGUCCUUUAUGAAUAGUGAUACCAAUAUGUUUCCUAGUCCGAUGGUUAUUUAUGCAGAAGUCAGCCAAGGAUUCUUACCUGUUAUCGGUGCAAAAGUCAUAGCCACAGUUGAACCAGAGACCGGACCAAGUGAAGAGGUAGAGCUUUUGGACAAUGGUUCAGGUGCUGAUAUUCUCAAGAACGAUGGGAUCUACUCCAGGUACUUCACAUCAUUCAAAGGAAAUGGCAGACACAACCUCAAAGUGCGUGUCAAAGGAAAAGACAAGGUUCUUAAACGGUCCCGUAGGCAGAGUCACGCUCUCUAUAUGCCAGGUUUCGCAGAAAAUGGUACUAUAACAAUGAACCCCCCCAAACCUGAAGCUAACUUCAGUGAACCUGAAGGAGAUCUGGGAAAUGUCACCAGAAUUGUAUCCGGUGGAAGCUUUGUAGUAUCAGGAGUUCCUCCUGGAGGUAGUCAUGAUGUUCUUCCACCCUGUAAAAUCACCGACCUCGAUGUACAGCAAACCAAUGAUGGUGGAUUUAUUCUCUCCUGGACAGCUCCUGGAAAUAACUAUGAUGUGGGGAAAGCUGAAAAGUAUGAAAUAAAGAUGGGUGAAAAACCCUCGGAGUUAACCAAUGCAACUUUCGAUAGCGCGACUCCCGUGAACACUGCUGGCCUGAUGACAGAAGCUGCUGGGACCAAGCAAUCCUUUCACUAUAAGCCGGUAAACUUCGCAAAAGAGAACGGCACCUCCAUCUACUUUGCCAUUCGUUGCAUUGAUGGCAGCAACAACGUUGGAGAAGUAUCUAAUAUAGCCAGAGCAGUCGUGCUCCUUCCUGCAUGGCCACGUUCUCCUACUCAUCCAAUCACCAUUUCCCCUACUCCAGCUGAGAAAACCAUUAUUCUGUCUAGUCCAGAUGACAAACAUGCUGGCCCAGUUGACAAAUCCACAAUUAUAAUUGUGAUAAUUGCAUGCGUUUCUGCAAUUAUUGUUUUGGCUGUUGUAGGUAUAGCAGUUUGGAUUCUACAUAAGCGGAAAUAUGGAAAUUAUGUGCCGCCGCCGCCCGAUGCUACUGUUUCGACUGCGGCAGACAAACAGACAAACACUGCUACCCACCUGUAACUACUACCAAUACUAUUGUUGCUCCUUGAGCUCUUUUUUUUAUAAAAAAAAAAUAGCCACUUCUUCAACAACAUUUCACAAUACGUCAUAUAUUGCCAACACAAAGGAAAUAAAUGAACAUAGUUAUAUCAUAUUGACAUGUCAUUACAAUUCAGGUGAAGGAAAGUGGAUAAGUUGUAAAUUUUAUUCAGAGUAGAGUGCUCUGUUUUACUCAGAGUAGCUCUGAAGCAAGGGGGGGGGAAGCACUUAUUAACCUCUUUUCACAUAAAAAUGACUUACAGCAAACACAAUAAAAUCUCCCCCAAAUAUAUUUAUACAAUUAAAAGCCAGGUCUAACAGAUUCUGCCUCAUCAAAAGAGGCCACAAAUACUUUAAAAUCCUUCAAAUUAAGGACAGAUUUUGCUGGACACCUAAAUUGAGAUAACAAUUGCACUUGGCAAGCCUCUCUAGUGGGAGAAUUCUGCAAGUGGGAUGGCAUCCAGUACAGACAGGUAUCCUCUUCUCACCAUAUACAAUCUUACCGUAAUUCUUUAAAAAUUUAGCAAAAGAUCUUGCCACUUUUUCAUUUGAUUCUGGGGGGGGGGGGAGUUUUUCAUAGUACCUAUACUUUCAGUAGUGAGAUUAUUUUUUUUUUGCUGAGAGUGGUAGAUUUAGUAUUUUGCACUGUUUUAUAAGAUCUUCGGACUGUUUGUGCAACAGUUCAAAAUUAUUUUUAUAAUAGACUCUGGCAAAACUUAACUGGAAAGCUCAGGAACCAAGAGGACAAGAACUUUAAAAAAGAAUGGGGGGAAAUUGUAAUCUACUUAGGAGACCAUUGUAAGCAGAUGAAAAUAUUAGCAGGGUUUUAAUCUCACUUGUAAGGUGACUGUGACUAUGGACAAUUCAGAUGGAUAAAAAAAAUGUGGAUAAAAGGCUGAUAUGCAGGUAUAAACGUUGACAUUGGGACCCGUGGAGGGGGUGGGGGGGACGUCUGGAGAUUCAGAGGAAUCUCUUUGUAUGGAUUUGUAAUUGUUUUUGUUAUAAAUUUGCAUUUGUAAAAUCAAUUUUAUAUACCAUAUAUAUA